GAUAAGGUACAUCACUUUUGCGAAAAUCGUCAAUUAAUGAGGCUCGAUUAUCCGAAUCGACUCUCUCAUCUUAUAUGCCCAAUACCUAAAAAAGCACAUAAAGGAAAUAUAAUCGCCAUGUAUGCUCUCACAUUAACAGCGGAGCUCAACGGGGUGACCGACCUCCGACCUAAGGAUACCGCCGAAAGCCCGUUCUGGUAUACCUUCACGGUCCAGUGUACAUCGUGUCGGGAGACACACGGGAACCCGGUUGCGGUUAGCAGAUUUGAGACGAAUGAGUUGAGUGGGAGUAGGGGAGAGGCGAACUUCGUGUGGAAGUGCAAGAAUUGCAAGCGAGAGUCUUCCUGCUCGAUAAAAACCGGACCUAAGCCCUACGCUCAAGGCGAGCCUCCUAAGAAGCAGUCUAUCAUCGAGUUCGACUGCCGAGGUUUAGAGUUUACCGACUUCACCCCCGAGGGAGAAUGGCUGGCAGAUGGUAUCGAGUCAAACACCAAGUUUGAAGGAAUCGAUCUACAGGAAGGCGAGUGGUAUGAAUAUGAUGAGAAGGCCAAUGAUGAAGUUAGCAUCAAAGACCUGAAGUGGGAGAUCAAGAGGGCUUGAACAUAAUUAUUAUUGUUAUUAUUAUUGAUUUAGAUUAAUAGCUUAACUCUCGGACGCACGAAUGAAUUGACUUGGGGUGAAGACAUGACAUAGUGGUCUUUGUACUCUCUAAUACAUUGCAGCUGCUACCGUGAAAUUUGCAUGCAAGUUGAUCACUUAC